AUGCCAAAAGAUGCUGACCAUGCAGAAAUGAGUUGGAGCCUUGCCAGUAAUGUAGAUCAAAAAGAGGAACAUUUAAGUAGCCUUCUGAAAUAUGUCAUCAGUAAUGGUUCGUUAAUGCAAACGCACGAAAUUAUCUUGUCAAUUCACGUUAUUGGUACAAAUUUGGACAAACUAUCCAACAAUGACAUAUUAUUGGCUAGUGAAGCAUAUCGUUUGUUGAUAAAAAAUUUUGCAAAACAUUUGCAUGAUGGACGUGUUAAUACGAUUCAUCUGGUGGAUAUUAUACGUUGCUUGUUGGCUGGGAUAGCAUUGCCCACUGAGUAUUAUAGUCAUCUUUGCUCACAAGAAUGUAAUCAAACGAAGCACGAUAUAGUUGAAACUGUUCAACCUUGUAUACAGUUAAAUAUUUCUUCUGUAAGUAUUGCUUUCUGA